GAGUGAUAUACUCGUAAUAUUUCCAUAUAAAUAAAUGGGUACGAACACAAAAUACCUCUUUCUUUUCUCGGUCACUGCGUGAAAGCAAAAGUAUUACAUACUGAAACCACUCAUAUACCUGUUUAAUUUACAUCCAUCCAGACACAAGUUUGGUUGAAAAAGAUGUAGUAGAUGAUAGGUAAAAGUGCAAUAGUGAUAAAAUGAAAUUUUUAGUCUUCUGUUUUUUUACAUUGUUUCUUUUAUUUUAUAAUUGUUAUAAUGUUUUGUGUCAACAAAAUACAACAUCGACAACCACUGUGCGAAAUGCCAUAUCUGAUAGUCAUAAAGCCAAAGAACCUGAAAUAUCCAUAAACAUCACCAUGGGCACACCCAUAUCCAUUCGACGCCCAUCCGCAAAACCGAAGAAGUCGGCCAAAUUCAUUUGUCCGGGGAAAAACGACUCAAGGCCCUUUUUUUCGCUUCCUUGCAAAACAACCAAAGAAUGCACUCAGUUAGGCAAGAACAUGCGUUGUUGCAACAACAGAUGCCUGAAAGGGGUCCCUGCACCUCCGCCAGAACCUGUUCACAGUCCAACGUUGUUUGGGUUGGUGGAAAGAGCAUGCCCUACUGAGCUAAUUCCAGAAAUUUUUGAAAUAAAACGAUGCAUAGAAGACAGUGACUGUUCGCCCAGGAUUUGUUGUCCUGAGAAGAUGCUCAAUGGUGAUAUGGUAGGAUAUUGCAGGACGCCGGAGGCAAAACUGGACAAUAUUCCUGGUGUUAGGCAACUCGUUGAACCUUUUAGAUUAAUGAUGAAUUACAUGCAAUGCACACCUCCACCACCCCCAAUCUUAGACGUUUUUCCCAAAGAAUGUCGUUAUCCUCUAGACUGUUUUCCAAAUUUGUGUUGCCAAGAAAGAGGAAAAAGAUAUUGUAGGCCGCCAAAACGAUCGCUUUUGACUUUGCUUACAACCGUUGCGCAGAGAAUUGUGCCAACAGAAACUGCCAGAGAAAUCAUCAACAGGAUAGCCCCAUAAGCUUGACUGACUUCUUUAUACUUAUACAUUUUUUGUAAAUGUGUUAUUUAAAUAAAACUACUUUUUACUAAA